AAAAAGACCUCCUCUUGUGGGAGGUCUUGUAGUUUUACUUUCUUCCAGGCUUCCAGGUGGACUUUCCGUGUAGUAAAAUGAGCAUCCCGGUGGUGGAUUUCAGCGCCUUCAGCCUGAGUGAGAAAGAUGUGACUGACGAGCGGAUGCGCGACCUGAGCGAAGAGCUGAAAGCAGCUUUUACGGAAGUGGGAUUUGUUUUUCUGGAGAACACUGGGAUCGCUCAGGGGGAGGUGGAUCGCGUCAUGCACAUAUCGGAGAAAUUCUUCCUGCAGCCGGAUGAGCUGAAACAAGCAUUCAGCAGGAAAAGCUUUGCCCACAGUCCUAACCACGGCUGGGUGUCCCUGGAGGCCGAGAGGUUGAAUCCGCGCCGACCCGGAGACCUUAAGGAGUCAUUCAACACCACCUCACUUCGUCCUGACAUAGCGUGGCCUUCAGGCGACCUGGCCGACUUCCGGGAGAUCCAGACGUCUUUCUUCACGCGCUGUAAAGAACUGAGUCUGCGGGUGUUGGUGGUGUUGGCCCACAGUCUGGGUCUGGACCCCGAGGUGUUCCUGAGUACACACCGUCUGAUGGGAACUGGUGAGAAUGCAACAACACUGCGCUCUCUGUACUACCCUCCAGUAAACCGUCACAGCGUGAAGGAGCAGCAGGUGCGAUGUGGAGAGCAUUCGGACUACGGCACCAUCACCCUGCUGUUUCAGAACUCUGAGGGGCUGCAGGUGCGCGGACGUUCAGGUGAAUACAUCUGUGCUCCCGUCGUGCCCGGAGCCGUCCUCAUCAACAUCGCUGACCUGAUGCAGCGCUGGACCAGCGAUCGGUUCAUCUCUGUGCGCCACAGGGUUUUGCUGCCCCCUGCUGGAGACUCCCGCACACGACAGUCUCUGGCCUUCUUCGUCCACCCGGAUGAUGAAGCUCUGAUCGCCUGCUGCGACGGCUCCAACAAAUACCCCCCAGUUACAGCAGCUGCUUAUCUCCUCGAGCGUUUCAGUGACACGUACGGGCCGAACUGAGCCCAUCACUUCAGGCGUAUAAAACCACACGCUGAUGGUUUCGGUGGCGUCUUCCCAACGCGGGACUCGUGGGACUCGCGUUGGACACAGCUGGAAAGUCUCUGUGUCAUGACUGAUGACUGUGUCACUUUGGAUCCCACAGUGUUUUUACAUUUUUAAUUGUGCUUUGAAUAUGACUGUGGCUUUUUUAAAAUACAUAAUAAUCUUGAAAAAGAAGAGACCUUAAAACCUUAAAUUUGCAAGCUCAUUCACUUUAUUGUCCCACAGUCAAACCUUGUCAACACUUUCAUUAAUUUAGCAUGUUGGGUGGUGGACAGAUCCAACUUUUGAAAGGGACAUAAAAGAAAAAAAAUAAAAACAUCCUGGUUAUUGUAGCUCAAA